AAAAUUUGUACUCUUCUACCUUUAAAAGGCCAGCGGUCUUCCUCUGGUUGAUUUUUGUUCUCAGACUACUUACAAGUUGUGAGGAAGAGGACAGGGUCGUCCGGACAUUGAAAUAGUUUGAGUAGAGAGCACAAGGACAAGCACAGAGAUUGGCCUAUAAAAAAAUAUCAACAUUAUAAUACCACUACCACAGUCAUAAAAAAAACAUGUCGUCCUCUUCCAGCACGACAACUUCAUCUGCCAUCAAGCAGAUCAAGCCGCUCUCUUUCCCCUUCGAGACUCCAGACCCUUUCCUGUUCUGCGUUUACCACAAAGACCUCUACCCAGCUGGCAAUGAUAGAAUGGAAGCACCGAGAACUGGAAAUGGCGCUGACUUCGAUUCCAAAGCGCCUUAUCGAAUGUAUCAUGGCUCUGGUCGCGUUCCGGGCUUCCCUCAGCAUCCGCAUCGCGGCUUCGAGACUAUCACCUGUACAUUGCAAGGACACAUUGAUCACACGGACAGCAUGGGAAACUGCGGACGAUACGGCGAAGGGGAUGUCCAGUGGAUGACGGCUGGGAAAGGGAUUUGUCACAGCGAGAUGUUUCCGCUAGUGCACUCGGACAAACCGAAUACGCUACAGUUGUACCAGAUUUGGAUAAAUCUUAUGGAUAACUGAGUCCUCUCUUCCACUAACUCUAAGCACCCACUUGAAAAAACAUAGAUACUAGACACAAGAAAAUGAAAAGUGACUUCCACCUCUUUCUAAACACCUACCAAAAAAGAACAAGAUGGUCGAUCCGUCUUUCUGUAUGCAUUGGGCAGACCGGAUUCCGGUGAUGAACAGUGACAAUAGUUCGCUCAUUAAAGGACAAACAGCCAGUGUACGAAUUUGGGCUGGAAAUUGGCCUGGAGGUGCAAGAGGUUUGGAUCCACCACCAAAUAGCUGGGCGAGCACUGCAGCAAAUGAAGUCGCGGUGUAUUCGGUAGAGCUGCGACAGAAGGGAGAUGAAGUGACGGUACCCCCUGCGUCGGAUUCGUCAGUGAAUCGCGCGCUGUAUUUCACUGAAGGCACUUCUAUUCUUUGCGGCGGGAAGAGCCUGGGUCAGCACUGUCACGUAAUUCUUGAUGCAGAGAAGGAAUGCGUUUUGAGCUUUGCUGUUAUGCUGAAAAAGGAGACUCUCGAGCUAAUCGAGGUAGUAUGUGUAUCAGUAUCUAUUAGUGAAAAAGAAAAGAUCAGCCAGGAUUAGACCAGAUUCCCACUUUCAUACCAAGCCACAAACCGGAGGAAACUCUGUGUUUAAUAUUGCAAGGAAAGCCUAUCGCCGAACCUGUGAAACAAUAUGGGCCUUUCGUCAUGUCCACGACGCAGGAAAUUCAGCAAGCCUUCCAAGACUACCAAUCUACCCAAUUUGUUAAGGCUGACCUCUAUUUUGGGCACAGACGCUUCAUGAUUUUUUUCUAUUGUUUCAUCGUAGCACUACUCGAAAUUCCAUCGUAGCACUACUAGAUGUGAAGUAUUCCAGUCUGGAAUACUUCAACUUUUACUUUCUAAUGAAUGGUUCCGGUAUUUGGUAACCUGAAUUUGAUCAUAAAAAGGGAAAACAAGAAGAGAACCCUUGUGAUCAAAUUCAGGUUACCAAAUACCAGAACCAUACACCUAGUCGAUCCUAGAAAUCAAACCAUCCCGAUUCCAUCUUCUCACCACUCUGCCGUGCAGGACGUUCUUACCUCUAAAAUUUGCGGUUGGCCUUGGGAUUCCGAAGCUGUGGUAUUUCCCAAGACUAAAGGAAGAUUUGCAAAGCUCAAUGGCAAAGAAACGAAUCCUGGGGUAGCUGCGUAGAUUUAGAUCAGACUAAGACUAAUAGUAAAAUACAAGGACUUGCAGCAUCAUCAUCAAUGUCCUCAUCAUUCAAUGAACAGACGACGAUUUUUCUUUUCGCAUAGCUCAAUCUGUAAGAAGGAGAUUUUAAAUCUUCAAUCAUUUAAUUGCAUCAAAUAACAUGAGUUUCGUCCUUAUGUAAAGCGCAACCUGAGUAAAAGAUUUCAUGCUGUGUGGUACCAUACACAUACGUCAUAGGGGUACGGCCAAAUAUAAAAUGCGUGUACAGAUGUAGC